AUGGCGAAGCUCAGUCAAAUUUUCUUAGCAGAGAGUCGUAAUUCUUAUAGUAUCACGGUAUAGCAAUAUGAAGGUUGAUGACAGGUCAUGUGGAAUGUGUCUUAUGGUGCUCCGAGGAUAUCUCCCUUAAUCACGUCUUGUCUUAUUCUUUUGUCGCGUCCUUCAUUUCGGCUUAUAGAAAAUUCAUACUUUGAGCGCGUACUACAUUUGUGCAACUCAUAUUGACUCAUGAUAAAUCAUUUACACAUUUAAUAACGAUACUUUCUGGACCACUUAAUUUAAAAAAAAAAAUCAAACAGAAAGACAUACCGAAGAAACGAAAUACCGAAAUAACGGCUCUACAUAAAGGAUCGUCUUGUAUUGUUACAUUGGGAUGACAGGAGUCUAAUUUAGUAUUAUAAAAAAUAUCAACUAUUUAUAAUUAAAAAUUAUCUUCAUUUGCACACUAUAGGUUUUCAUUCCACUCUCAUUUCAUUUUUAUAUUGUCAUACAUAUGUUAAAUGAUUUUAUAUGAAAAUAAUUAUUAAAAGAAAAUUUAUUAAAACAUUAUUUCAGCAUAGAUUUAUAAAAAGAAAGAAUAUAUUUAUUAAAUAGUAUCAAAUUUUUAGAAAUAUCUUUAAAGAGAUUAAUAGCAUUUAUUGUAUAUCUUUUGUAAUGAUAUUAUGAUUAAUGUAACUUUUUGUUCAAAAGUUGAUUAACACAGUAAUUAUUUUUAUCUUAAUUUCAUAUAAUUUAGACAUUUAUUUUAUUUAUUUCCAAUGUUACAAGCAAAGAUGAUCAAUUUUGAUUAUGUAAUAUGCUUUCUCACAUAUGUAGCCGACAGAAGUAUGAUGAUUUUUUUAAAUAUGUAUUAGGACAAGGUUAAUAAAUAAUAUGCAAAUAUAUUAUCCUGUGCAUUUGGUAACGACCGAAAUUAUGAGAGAAAAAAAUAAUAGGAUUAUAAUUUCUAAAACUUGUAUUGUCUAUUUUCAGAGAGAAGACAUGCCAUGGGGAUAUAACCAAUACAACAGGCUCACUUGCACACUGCUUAAUAUAAUAUUAAGGUAAAGAUUUUGCAUAAUCUAAAAAUUCCAAUCAUGAAUUUUAUACACUUGCGUUUGAGUUCAUCUUUGCUGCAUCACGUUUUCUUAAAGUUAAUUAUGAGAAUUUUUAAAAUUGGAUCUAUUGGAAUUAUUGUUUAACAUUAUGUUAUAACAUCAGGAAAAAAUUAAAAACGAAUUUACUAGUAAUUUAUCUGUAUCUGAUAAAUGUUACUUUAGGCUACAUAUGAAAAAAGAUAUAAAGGUAAAUUGUCUAUAAUUUAUAUUGUAAUACUCUUAAGAUUGUUAAUUAAAAUUAAUAAAACAGUACUGCAAUGAAAAUAUCAGGUUAUUUUGGAAAACAUGCAAACAUUGAAAUAGUCAGAAUUAUGUGCAAAGUAACAGUACACUGUACAAUUUCUAACAUUAAAUUAUAAAAUUUAUUAAAUAAAAAUAUAUAUAUGAAUAAUACAUUAUUGAGCGAUAGGUUCUAUCUGAAUACUGUACAUAGUAGUGGUAUUUGCUAUAAUACAAUUGUCCACUAGAAUCAAAUCUUUGUACAAAACUAAAAUACUGUACAUCAAGUAUAAAUAUCUAUAUUGGCUGAAUGACUUUGAUUCCAUCGUGCGUAAAUUAUUGACUUUCUUUAAAAUUAUGUCAACGAUCACCAAAAACUUAUAUUAUUAAAUAGAAACAAUUUUAUUUAAGUCCUAUAAAUUUUGUAACCUGAAAAUAAUAUAUUAUUUAAUUCGUAUGAUUUGUUUUAGAAUUGUCUUGAUAAUAAAAAAUUGAAAGAUCUAAAAAUUUUGCUACCUCUUCGUAUACGGUCCAAGCCAUUGCAGUCACUAAUGUCCUUCUCAACAUUCGUGGAACAAUGCCUUUGA